CUAUUCGCUGUAGGGAAUACAAAGGGCAAGCGCGGGGUGGGGCCUAUUCGCUGUAGGGAAUACAAAUGGCAAGCGCGGGGUGGGGCCUAUUCGCUGUAGGGAAUACAAACGGCAAGCGCGGGGUGGGGCCUAUUCGCUGUAUGGAAUACAACCCCACAUGUCACCGUCUCUCCCCCCCUCACAUCUCUCUGCACCGUCAAGUUCGGGGCCUGUGGUGGAGUCGCGAUGCGAGGAGGGACGCGGAGCGGGCGACUCGAGGACCCCGCGGCUCCCCCCCCACCCCCUCAUGAGUAGCAGCAGCGGCGGCCAAGUGUCUCUCUCCCCGUACGUCCACCACCGCCGCACCGCAAGCCGGUGAGCUCCGCACCCCCACAACCAUGGCCAUGGCCUCCAAGAUCAUUCGCAAGCUCCGAGGCGGGAGCAAGAAGAGCCGUGGCCGGGGAGGGGCGCCCGGCCCGGAGGCCCGACCGGGGGACCUCGCCCCGGGCCUGGAGGAGGAGGAGGACGAGGAGGAGGCGUACCGGGUGGCCGCUCGCCUUGGGGGUACCCUGAGCUUCGACUCCGAGCUGCCGCGAGAUCUGUCGAGCGGCGACUCGGCCGAGUCCGAGCGAGCGACGCCGGAGGACGCCGAGUGCGGGGGGCUCCCGGCGGAGGUGGAGCUCGCGGCGGGGGGAGGACGAGGAGGAGGCGAUGAGCAGGCGGCGGGAGGAGACCGAGCAGAUGACUCGACCCGGCUCACCAGUGCCCUGCAGGCCUCCUUCCGGUGCAAGCGCGACCAGCAGCGGCGGCAGCAGCAGCGCGGCGACUCGCUCACCUUCGAGGUGGUGGCAGCGAACGUGGUGCAGGAGUCCGGCUCCAAAUACGUGCUGUACACUGUGCUCGUAGUAACGAAUGGCUGUCUCGAUGACAAGAAGGCGUCCAUCAACCGUCGGUACUCGGACUUCUCCCACCUGCACAAGACCCUCCUCCGCUCUGCGCCUGCAAAUGACGACAAAUCGGACGACAAUGAUGACAACAUGCGGUACCGCCGCCAGUUUGCCAGACAACUCUCUUCGGUCUCGUUUCCCUCCAAGAAAAUCGCCGGGAACUUCACAGCCGUGACGAUAGCUCGGCGAAGUCGGGCAUUCGAGCAAUACCUGUCUCACAUCACGCAGAUACCCUCCGUACGUGGCACCCCCAGCCUCUGGGCUUUCUUCUGCCUGCCUGAUUUAAAAGCUGGGCACAGCGCAAUCCGUGGAGGGGAUUACGAUGGAGCCCUGCAGAGCCUCACCAAUGCCUUGCAUCUGCAGGAAAAGAUAAUUCCUCCUCCAUCACACAAGUGGGAGCUUCCUCCCACGCUGUCUGCAAUGGCAGUGUGCUGUCAAGCACUGGGCAGACGAAACGAAGCGCAGGGACACUGCCAGCGAGCCCUCCAGGUCAUGGGCUCCGCUGACGACGAGGACGACGACGAAGACGCCAACACGGCCGCCGAAGAUCAGGGUGGUCCCGGCGUCGAGGGCUCAGGUGGAGCCGCAUCGAGGAAGGCGAACGGCGGGCAGUGGGGUGACCUUCUCGUCGCUCUCCUAAGUGCAAACGUUCACCUGUCCUGGCAGUUGGGCUUGGACAAGAGAGAGAGCGAAGCCAGGCUGCAGAGACUGCAAGGGCGCCGAAGUGCGGGGUGCCGCAGCCCGCUGUCUCUCAAAGAGUGGGUUAUCCAACAACAUCUCCAGUGAAAAACCAACGUCAUCGUCGUUUUAAUGGCUGUGCAGAGAACCGUGGACACCCUGAACAGCUGCGUCCAUUCUCUGCAGGUCACAAAGAUGUAGUACAUUUGUGCAAAAGGUGACCGAAACAUUUAUAGAGGGGUUGUUAAAGUAAUGUUUGUUUUGCCGGUAACCGCAUGAAAAUUAACCCAGUAUUAAAAUCGGUUACCGGUGUGCUGCACAUAGACAGUGUCUCUAGCAAAACAAAAACACGUAACAUGUUUACCUCUUUCACUGAGAAAGGGAGCUGCCAUGGUAUAAUGGUGAGGAGCACACUGGACUUGCAAUCCAUAGGUCACCGUUUUGAUUCAAUAUCGUGGCGCAGCAGUUUAAUUGGGAAAGUUGAUUAAUUCCCCCACUCCAAUGCCUGUCCCCCACUUGCUGUACUGUUUGAAUCGGUGCGCAUUCAUGACUAAAAUUCCACUGAAAUUGUAUGGCCGUCCCCCACAGUUCAGAACCAGUAAUUUUGACAACGGUUUACGGGUUACCAUUUGUGACAACCCGAGUUUAUGAAGGGACACCACGCUCUGGCCUCGAAUGAGAUUUUACCAUAUUUGCCUACUUGAGUGGCUUGGCCAUUUAUAGUACAGCCAAGGGAUGGAACGAACACGUGUCAUCCCUCGGCUGCCGCUCCAUUUUACACCAUUGUCCAUCAUCCCUUCUAGCCGUGAUGCGUCCUGUCCACGUCCAUUAUUUUUUUCCUAAAAUGUUUGGAUGUCAUUAAGCUGUGUAUAUUCUACAACCUAUGUGUCUCUGAAUGUAAUUCUUAAGCAGUGGAAACAUCUCCCUCUGUUGAUUUCCUGUCUCAGAAACUCAAGAGAAGCGCUACUAUUGUGUUUGCAGCACCACUCCACUGCUACAUGUAGGAGUGCAAUACAAAAGUUGACAGCCUCAGUCCGUAUAAGUGAAAUGUACUAAUACGAGCCAAAGCAAAAUCUGUCAGUGGUUUAAUGAUGCUGAUCAAUUGGUGAUGAAGUAUAGAUAGCAUGCAAAGGGAGGUAUAUAGUAUUAGUUUGCACUUUUGUAAAUGGAUCAAAUCUUAAACCACACGUUAACAGACUUGCUUUGAAUUUCGUAAAAAAAGCUGAUUUGGAGAUUUUGUGCUGUGAUGUCAUUGUAUACAUGAAAACGUCUAGUACAUCACUAUAUAGCGCAAUUCAUACAUAUAGUGCAUAUCUUAUCCUGUCGUAUCCGUUAUAUCAAUUAUUAAUUUUAAUUGUACAUGCUGAACUUCUUUUUGCACCAUACAUAGCCAAUCGAGACAUACAAAUUCCACCUCCAAAGGCUGUAGGAAUUUGUAACGUGAUUUUUUUUUUUUUGCGCGUGGUAGACCACGGAGGGAGAUGGCAGCAGGAAAAACCGGCAGUCACAAUAUCUGAAGCGCUUGUCCUAUCUUGGGACGUUGGACCAACUUAAUUCAUGAGUGUUUACCCAGGACGCUAUUGAAAACGACUCUUCUUGGUCCGUUGAGUUCUCAAAUUGAUAAGAAAAAAAGGCUUGCUUGUCUCACACACCAAUGGAGGAAUUUACUUGACGGUUCACAAACAGAAGUUUUAGGCCAAAUCAAGCACCUGGAUAAUUGCAAGGAAAAACGUACACUGACAACUGAUACACUUAUAGAUUCUAGAUUUAAAGCUUUCGUGACUGCAAGGAUCCAUACUCCAUACUCUUUGGUUCUAUUCGGUAAAAUCACCUAGGUGAUUUUUGUUUUAUUUUUUACCUACGUGACUUUACCGAAUAGAACCAAAGAGUACACUUAUAGAUUGUCAUCCACGUGCUGCACCUCCUGUGGUCGUGAAAAGGGAAGGCUGUAUUAUAUUAAUUUUGAGCUGCUUAAAGCUGCAGAUUUGCGCACCUCGUGUCAGUUUUAGAGCUGGCUUACUGAGACGAGAUAUCAUCGCACUUGAAACCAAGAAGAGCAUUCUGCGAGAGCUCUUGCACAUUUUUACGAGUAAACGGUUUGAUUGCCUUAACACUCAACGGUGCCUUUUACUAACAUGAAGAUGUUGACUUUUGGUGUUUAUAAAAAAAAUAGCAAUAAAAUGCAAUACAACACGGAAAUAAUGCUGCCAUUAUCUUUGCACUGUUUGUGCAAGUCGUGACAUUAAGCCUCAAGAGUGAAGUGCCUGUUGGAACCAGCAGGUUAGGGUUUUUUUAUGCUGAUAUUUUGAUCUAAAUCAAUUAUGCUAAAUAUUCUCAUGAUCAAAAUAAAAGAUAUUAAAACAUUA